AUGGUCCGAAGUCUCAGUGAUGAGAGUGAACGCGACUGCAUCGGAAGGUGGUUUGACAACGAUGAUGAGUCAGUUCAAUCGCCGCAGUCAAUUCCUAUGGGAGAGGAUCAGGACGCUAAAGAAAUCCCUGUCGACGUUGGAUCACCGAAGGAGAUGCUAGCCUGGCUGACCGAUCUCCAACAAAAGACUGAGGAGGUUCGACUAUUACAACCUGUCACAGAUGUACCAUCAGUGUCGUCCGUGCCUUCAUUCAACCUAUCAGAUGAAACGAUAAGCUGUAGCUGCAGCACGCGCUCCGUUGACAAUGCUGCCGGCGGUUCAUCUGCUGAUGACGAAACUGCAACUUUGAAACAACGCGGUCUCGCGAUCCGAGACUAUGGUUACGAUGAAGACGCCCAGGAUGCUGCUUCAGACUCUUCGUCAGACACCUCUGGCAGUUUGUCUCCGGUCUCCUGCCCGUCACCAAGUAACACAAAUAUCACAUCACCAAGCUCAGAUGGGUCUGACCGGGAUUCCGUAGACUCAUUUGAAGACAUGCCAGAGAGUGCCUACGAGUCCUAUCAAAUCGAGCAAACUCUAUCGAGCUUGCAAGGCUCUGGCUGGGCCUAUGGGAUGUACCCAGAGACAACCUAUUCGGACCAGCACGAUCAGGCCCGUGAUGGAGACGACGAUGACAGCGGCGAAGCGAACGAAUCUACGCGUCAGGAGGAGCGUACAGCUACUGAGAAUGGUGGUACAGGGGCGACAGAAACCAGCGCUUUAGUACAGCACAAGGAUCACCCCCCUAAGCGUGCAGCUCAAGACGACGAGAACGAACACCAACAAGUAUCGCGGGCGAAAAAGCCUAAAAGACAAGAGGACUCCCACCUCAGGCUGGCUUGCCCAUUCUAUAAGCACGACCCGAUUCAAUAUCGUCGCUGUCACUCCCACGUCCUCAAGCGCAAUAGCUACGUCAAGCAACAUCUCUUCCGCUGCCAUAUGCAGCCCAUACACUGCGACAUAUGUCUUAGCACAUGGCCUACAAUCGAGGAGCUUCGAGAGCAUCGCCGUGCCCAAGUAUGCGAGAGGCGAGAGUAUAUUGCCCCAGAUGGCAUUACUCCCGAACAAGAACGCAAACUGCGAUCGCGGCUUGGAGGCCCGAACAAAUCAGAAAGUGAUCAGUGGUUCGAUAUCUAUAGUAUUAUUUUCCCAAAUGCGGAAAGACCAAAAUCGGCGUAUCUGAAUGGCGAAUUGUCCGAGGAUGCAGAGAGUCUUCGCGAGUUUAUGGAAGGUCGCGGGACGAGUUUGAUAAUGGAACAAUUAGUAAUGUCAGGCGUCGUUAUGAAUGAAGAUAAUAAUAGUAGCUGUGAGAUGGAGAGAAAGUUUCAGAGAAGUGUGCAAAACGCUCUAAGAACUAUGUUUGAAGGAUGGCAGAAUCGGAGAGGGGGAGUUGUUGAAGAUGACGGCGGUCGAGAGACUAAGGGGCUCAAACCAACGCCCAGAGAGUUUCCGUACAUCAAGGCUCAGGUCCCGACGAGGACUGACACUGGAAGUACGACUACUACUGCGACAAUGUUGGAUGAUCAACUUGAGGGGGAGCAGACCGGGCCAACUACUUCAUCUCCCCAAGAAGCAGGAGAGAUUGUUCACGGACUCUAA